AUGGAAGAUGGUCCAGUAUCCAAGAAGAGGAAGAGGCCAGCUAAGAAGGAUGCCAAAGACAAGGCGGCGGCCAAAGACAAGGACAAGGAUCAGAAGGUAGAUGGAGCUCCUGGGUUGAAAAUUAAGAUGAUUUCUACUCAUGGAUCAGGAAACGAUGCCAUUGGAGCAAUUGAUGGAACACACAUUCCUGUCAUAGUUGCCGAGGUGGACAAGAUAAAAUACACUAACAGAAAAGGUUAUACAAGUCAGAAUGUGUUGGCAAUCUGCGAUUUUGACAUGAGGUUCACGUUCGCUGUUCCUGGAUCUGUUCAUGAUGCACGUGUAUGGACUGACGCUCGGCCUAGGUUCUCCAACUAUGCACACCCUCCUUCCGGCAAAUACUAUCUUGUUGACUCUGGAUAUCCAAAUAGAACUGGGUAUCUCGCCCCAUUCAAAGAGCAGCGAUACCAUAUUCCGGACUUCCAGGGGGCAUCUCCACAAAACAUGCAAGAGAAGUUCAACCAUCGUCAUUCAUCUCUACGAAAUGUUGUUGAAAGAGCAUUUGGCGUUCUCAAGAUGAAAUGGCGCAUUCUGCUUUCUAUACCUCAUUACGACCCUCUGACGCAAACAAAGAUCAUCGCGGCAUGCAUGUGUUUGCACAAUUUUAUCCGUGAUAGUAAGUUAUAUGAUGAUCAUUUUGACAGGAUCGAGCGAGCCACAUAUCUCCAUGUGGAUAGUGCAUCUUUCACUGGUGGACCAUCUUCCUCUUCUGCUGAUACCGUCAUGGCUGCACUUCGACAAACCAUUGUUGAAUGUUUGGUAGCUUGA